UCCACCUCAUUCAGGGCCUUUACCUGGCCCUGAUUAUCAAAUUACUUUUGCUGCAAGUGGCAUCGGCCAUGUUCAGCGAAUUGGAAUUUACCAAAGCACAAUAUAAUGUAACUAUUCCUGAAAAUUCCAUUCCAAAGACCCAAGCUCUUUCCACCGAGAAGAUGGGUAUAUUCGUUACGGACCCCACGCUUCUGAUACGCUACAAGAUCUUCGCUGGUGAUCCUGAGCGUUUUUUCAAAGCAGAAACCCGUCUUGUGGGAGAUUUUUGGUUUCUCAUCAUUCGAGUUCGCACCGGUAACAGGGCAGUACUAAACAGAGAAUACCAAGAUACAUAUCGAUUGUUAGUACGUGCUACUAUCACAUCAGAUUUGCGACGCGCUGUCAAGAUGAAAGCUCAGACGGAGGUCAUAGUUCAUGUAACAGAUACAAAUGACAUCACCCCUACAUUUUAUCCAUCUUCUUAUGAUGUAAGUGUUCCUGAAGAUAAACCUUUGCACAGCAGCAUUUUACAAUUAAGUGCCCAUGAUCCAGAUCUGGGCAUAAACGGGGAAAUAUAUUAUAGCCUGGCAGAACCUAGUCUUCAGUUUGCCGUUCAUCCAACGCGAGGUAUAUUAACGUUAACUCGACACCUCGACUACCAAAAACAACCAUUGCACCAGUUAACUAUCAUUGCCAAGGAUAGAGGCAUAAAAUUUCGUGUUGAAGAACUAGCAGCUCGCCUUGCAACUGUGACAGUCAAAGUAACGCCAGUCAAUUUGUAUCCCCCAGAAAUAUUUGUACGCCAUUUUUCUUCUUUACUUUCUCCUUCUGAUCCAAAUAUAUAUGCUGUUGUAGGUGUCAUUGACAAGGACCUUGGCAUUCAUGGAGAAUUGGAGGCAUUAGAGAUAAUUGAGGGCGAUUCAGCUGGGCUGUUUCAGGUCACUCCUGGUAACAAGCUCAAUGAGUACAACAUCGAGCUUGUGCAGCCGUUGACGCGCGAUGAUACUAUACCUCAAGAUUACACAAUAACUCUUAUGGCUAAAGAUAAAGGUAUACCACAGAGAUCGGCAACCCAGGUUAUUACUGUCCGCUUAGCUGAAACUAGCGAUGUAACUCCUACUUUUACUCAAGCCGAUUACGAUAUCGAAAUUGAAGAAAUUUCGCCCCCAGGAUCUAGAGUUCUUCAUUUGAAAACUGCUGCAUCAGAAAAUAGACCGAUUGUAUUUAGAAUUGAAAGUGGAAAUUCAAAUGGUACUUUUUCUGUUCACAGCAAGUCUGGGUUGUUAACCUUGGCAACUCCCUUAGAUAAAGAAACAAAACCAUAUUACUCGCUAACUGUAAGUGUCUUUGAUCCGUCAUCAAGAGGGCAAAAGCGAAAAUCAACAGCUAUAGUUAAUGUGAGAGUUCUUGAUAAUAACGAUAAUGAUCCUGUUUUUAACAGCACGAUGGAUUCUGUAGUAUUCGACGAAAACAGGCCGGCAGGUAGCAUAGUGUACACGGCUUAUGCAGUCGAUAAAGAUGAAGGGGAUAAUGGAUAUAUUACAUAUAGUUUGGCAAAUUUGAAUUCUAUCCCUUUUACGAUGGAUCCAUUUACGGGUGAAAUUCGUGCUACCGAAGUAUUAGAUUACGAGACGAUGCGUAGAGAGUAUAUUUUAAAAGUUAGAGCUUCAGAUUGGGGAUCACCUUAUCGAAGACAAGCAGAAAUGACGCUUAAAGUUCGCUUGCGAGAUGUAAAUGAUCAUCGUCCUUUAUUUGAAAAGGUUGGCUGCGAAGGCUAUGUAUCUCAGUCUGCUCCAAUAAAUACUGAAAUAAUUACUCUGUCAGCAAUAGACUUCGAUAGUGGAAGUUCCGUAAAGUAUCGGAUGGUACCCUCUAAUGAUGAUCCUUGUUUUCGUCUGGAGCCUUCAACUGGUGUAUUAAGAAUUACGUGUGAUAUUGCCAAGAUGAAUAUUCGUGAACGCACGAUAAAUGUGUCUGCUACUGAUGGUACUCACUUUGCUGAUGUCAUGUCUAUACACUUGAAGGUAAUAAGCAGCGGAAGUAACCAAAGACUUGCAGACAGAGGAGCAUUAAUGGAAUGUAGGGAUGUAGGUGUAACAGAGCGUUACAAGAAACAGCUGAAUCUUGCGAAAGCAAACAAUAAAAAUAAUGAUAUUACAGAGCCUACACCAACUAGCGUCUCUGGAAAUAAAUAUUCACCUGAGUUUCCUAUGGGCCUUCCAUCUGAGGUUUGGAUCAAUGAAAGCCUUCCCGUUGGUUCAGAGGUAACAUGGCUUAAAGCAAGAGAUAAAGACAAAGGUUUCAGUGGACUCUUGGUACAUGUAAUUACAUCUGGAGAUGAGUUUAGUUUUUUCAGAAUAGAUAUGUUCACGGGUCGUCUGUAUGUCGACGCACCAUUGGAUCGAGAAUUUAUAUCAGAAUUUGAUUUAAAUAUAUCCGCUUACGACUUGGGAAAUCCUCAACGAAGUGCUUCGAAAUCUCUUAUCAUUCAUGUUGAUGACGUGAAUGAUAACAAACCUGUUUUUGAGAAAAGCUCAUACAAUUUCGUCAUAACAGAAAAUGCAAAGAACGGUACCAGUAUUGUCAGACUUCGUGCGAAUGACAAAGAUGAAGGAAUUAACUCCGCUCUCACAUUCUGUCUUGAAACAGAUUUUGAAGAAUUUCAUAUCGACCCAGCUUCUGGUCUACUUAUGGUAUUGGGCAAUCUUGAUCGAGAACGCUCUGAUUCCUAUCAGUUGAAGGCUCGUGUAACUGAUGGCUCCCCCGAUAAUCCAUUGUCAUCUACUACAGUUGUUAACAUCCGUGUAUUAGAUAUCAAUGAUAAUGCUCCAUUCUUCAGUCUCAAGCAAUAUUGGGUGAAAGUACGUGAAGAUCUUCCAGUAGGAGUUGUAGUAAUAGUUAUGGUAGCUAGCGAUCCAGAUUUGGAUGAAGGAGGAGAAGUAAUGUAUUCUUUAUCUGGAAGCAAUACAUUUUCCAUUGAUCCUUUAAUGGGAGUUGUGCGGCUAUCCAAGCCUCUGGAUUUCGAAACAAUUCAAUUGUAUAACGUUACAAUCACCGCUAGAGAUGGUGGAGAUCCACCACUUGAAUCUCAGGCAGCUCUUGUGGUAGAAAUUGAAGACGUGAAUGAAAACAUGUACCCACCGGCAUUUGAUGACGUAGUGAUUGUGGGUCAAGUGAUGGAAAAUAAACCCAAGGGAACUUUAGUGACUAAAGUGACUGCUUAUGAUGCUGAUCCUCCUGGCUUAAACAGUCAGUUUACAUAUUCAAUACUUGAUGGUGACGGAAUGGGAUUUUUUUCAAUUGAUGAACAAGGUAAUAUUCGAACAAGCGAAAUUCUGGACCGGGAGACUAGUAAUCGUUAUUGGUUGACAGUGCAUGCUGUUGAUAGAGGUGCAGUUCCCUUGUCUGGACGACUGGAUGUUUACAUCGAAGUCUUGGAUGACAAUGACAACGUGCCGUUAACGACCCUACCUGCUUAUUACCCAAGCAUACCUGAAAAUGCACCUCCAGGUACUAUAGUGGUGCAGCUGGAAGCAUUCGACUUGGAUCUGAACGACGAUAAUAAGAUAAGUUUUAGCAUCGCCAGUGGAGAUCCUCAAGGGUAUUUCACAAUGGAUCCUGUGAAAGGUUUGAUCACAACUUCCAGUUCACGUAGACUAGAUAGAGAAGUUCAAGCAGAACAUGCUUUGGAGAUUAAAGUUGAGGAUGGAGGGAAUCCAACUUUAUCAUCUUUAACUAGAGUUUUAGUGUCAGUCAUUGAUGAAAAUGAUAAUGACCCUGAACCUCUUCUUUCACCUUAUCGUUGUCCUGUUUUGGAAAUGAAAGAAGCUGACCCAAAUGUCAUUUUGUGCCAGGUUGUAGCAUCCGAUGCUGAUAUUGGUCCAAAUGGUGAUGUCAGUUACUCUUUUGAGCCUGAUAAAGGAUCAGAUUUAUUUACGAUUCAUUCUAAAACUGGAGCUAUUUUUGCAAAGCAGAAAUUGGCAACUGGUGAAGCCUAUGAUUUUUUAGUUCAAGCUACUGAUAAUGGCACUCCUUCACGGUCUGCUACAAUUAGAGUUAAAAUUGAUGUCCUACCUCGCCCACGUCCAUCUUCACGCCCUCCUGUGUGUAAUGAAGCAGAUACUCAUGCAGCUGUAGCUGAAAAUGAUGCUAUAAAUCAGGUUGUUACUUUCCUACAAGCUGAAGAUCCUGAUGGGGAUAAACUGUGGUAUUCUAUUGUUGGUGGCAAUACUGAUGAUGCAUUUAAAAUCCUACCUCACGAGGGUACUGUAUCUGUCGCUCAACCUCUUGAUUGGGAAAAGAAAUCUGAUUAUAACCUCAACAUCAGUAUUACUGACGGUGUUAAUGUAAUUUAUCAACAGUUGCCCAUUAAAGUCAUUGAUGUGAAUGAUCAUCAACCACUAUUUACAAAAGACCUGUAUACUGUUGAAAUUGGUGAAAAUGUAGCUGUUGGGAGUACCAUUCUGCAGUUGGAAGCAUCAGAUUUAGAUGAAAUUGACAAAAAUCUCUUCUUUUCCAUUUAUAACAGUGCUAAUCCACAGAGUCUGAAGUUAUUCCAAAUUGGUUCAUUCUCUGGAAAGUUAUCUGUGUCUCAUCCCCUUGAUCAUGAAUCGAUUAAGAAACACAUGUUAACUGUAACAGUUCGGGACAAUGGAACUCCAUCACAGCGCAGUUUUGCUCGGAUAAUUAUUAACGUGCAUGAUGAAAAUGAUCACCAUCCAGAAUUUUUAGCUCCUUCAUUUGAAAGUCAAGUGUAUGAAACAGCCACUCUUGGUACAUCUGUUACUAGAAUACUUGCUGUGGAUAAAGAUAAAGGAAAAAAUGCUCAAAUGCAUUUCAGUAUUGCAUCAGGCAAUAUAGGAAAUGCAUUUUCAAUUGAACCAACAUUAGGUAUUUUGUUAAUUGCUAAGCAGUUGAAUAGGCAAGUUAUGCCUGAAUAUUUUCUUGUAGUUCGAGCAGCAGACAAAGGCACACCUUCUCUCAACUCUACUGUAACAGUUCACAUAGUGAUAACUGUAGCAAAUAAUGCUCCACCUAAAUUUGAGCAUAGAGAUUAUGUUGUUGAAUUAUUUGAAAAUGAAAAACCAGGAAAAUCUUUGACAGCUGUGAUUGCAACUAGCCGUUCUUCAGUUUAUUAUGAAAUUAUUGCUGGAAAUUUUGAAGAUAGUUUUGUUAUAAAUCCUACUUCUGGAAUCCUACGAACAAAAUCUAUGCUUGAUUUUGAAGCUCGUAGAUUUUAUAAUUUGACCAUCCGGGCAACUAAUAUGGUUGGUGCCAAUAGUACAACUUCUGUUCUUGUUCAUGUAUUAGACAGAAAUGAUAAUCCUCCUGUUUUUCAUCAGCUGGAAUACCAUGGUCAAGUAAUUGAAUCAGACAGAGUUGGAAGUAUGGUUUUGAUUGAUGGAAUAAAACCCUUAGUUGUAUCUGCUUAUGACAAUGACUCUGAAAUUAAUUCUGUACUUCACUACAGAAUUUUAGAGAAGUCUGCAUUAGCUUAUUUUAGUAUUGAUCCAAAUACAGGUGCCAUUAGAACUGCUGCAACUUUUGAUCACGAGAAAAAAUCUAGUUUCACCUUCAGUGUCCAAGCUUGGGACAUGGGCAAACCACAUUUGAGUGCUGAAGUGCCUUCAAACAUUUUCAUAUCUGUGAUAGAUAUAAAUGAUUGCUCUCCUCAGUUUGGGGAGGUAUAUUACACUGCCAUUCUAUUAUUACCAACAUAUGAAGGGGUUCAUGUUAUAAAUGUCGUUGCUACUGAUGCAGAUUCUUUUAGUUCAAUUAAGUAUAAGAUUGUUUCUGGAAAUUUGGAAAAGAAAUUUUUCAUCAAUGAAACGACAGGAGACAUUACAGUCAAAGAUCCUAAUGGACUUUCUAGAAAAUAUACGCUUGUCGUAUCUGCAUCUGAUGGAGAAUUUGAAACAAGCACAAAAGUUGUUGUUAAAGUACAGGAAAGCCAGCAGAGUGGCUUACAGUUCAGUGAAGAUAAGUACUUUGCUAAAAUACAAGAAAACACUACUGAAGUCAACACAGUUGCCAUAGUGACUCCUCUUGGAACUGCUCUUGAUGAACAUCUUACAUUUCACAUCUUAAAUCCUACGCACAUGUUUAAAAUUGGUGAGACAACUGGUGUCAUUCGUACUACGGGUAGGUUGUUUGAUCGGGAAGUAGAAGAAUUUUAUACUUUAGUUGUAGAAGUGAGAAAUGAAGCCAGAGAGAUUUCAAAGUAUGCUCAUGUUUUAGUGGAAGUAACGGUUUUAGAUAUUAAUGAUAAUGCUCCAUAUUUCAUUGGAUUGCCUUAUUAUGCUGUUGUACCUAUUGAUUCCCCUAUACACUAUUCUGUGUUUAAGGUUAAAGCUAAGGAUUUGGAUUCAGGGCCUAAUGGUGAUAUUAUAUUUGAAAUUGUUGAAGGCGAUAAAAGAGCUUUUCAAAUUGACCAAAAAACAGGAGAAAUUUUAUUGAAACAGCCUUUAACUGCAAAUACUUAUGAGCUUGUCAUUGAAGCUAGAGAUAGAGGUAACCCUGCCUUGAGCUCCCUUGUAACUCUCCCAAUUCAAGUAAUUAGCCGAGACAUGCCUGUAUUUUCACAACAGCUGUAUUACACAACUGUUUUGGAGAAUCUUCCUCCUGAUUCUCCACUGCUUACAGUUACUGCUAAUAGUCCACAUUCAAGGCAAUUGAUCUACAGUCUUGUUUCAGGGAAUAGGAAAGAAGAUUUACGACUUGAUUUCAACACAGAGCAUCGACUUAGUUCUGAUCCAUGUGUUCUCUAUGCUGUUGAAGAUCUAGAUUUUGAAACCACUCCAAAAUACCAACUCACACUGCGAGCCACAGAUGCUGUGAGUGGAAUAUAUUCAGAUGUUCAAGUUAUCAUAAAUGUUGAAGAUGUCAAUGAUAAUCCUCCAAUGUUCAACCAGCCAUCUUAUAAUACUACUGUGUCUGAAGCUGUGCCUUUUGGCACUUCUGUUCUUAAAGUCAGAGCAACAGAUCGAGAUACAAAGGCCAGUCAGUCUAUUCAGUAUCAUAUUGUGGGAAAUGCUACAUCUCAUUUUCAAAUUGACUCUGCUGAUGGAACGAUCUAUGUUAAACAACCACUUGAUCAUGAAAUUAAACAAGAACAUUAUUUUACUGUGAUGGCAACAGAUGGUGGCCAUCCUAUCUUAAGUUCUACUGCUCAUGUAUGGAUUGGAGUGGCUGAUAUGAAUGAUAAUCCUCCUGAAUUUGAUCAUAAGUAUUACAGAUGCACUGUAAGUCAGGAAGUGAAACGAGGCCAAUUUAUUACUAUGGUGAUGGCAUCUGAUCCUGAUGAUUCUGAUAAGUCUAAACUUGAAUACACCAUUAUAGAAGGAAACGAAAUGCAGUCAUUCUCAAUCAAUCGGCAAACAGGUAUCAUAACUCUUUCUAACUUACAUCAGUUCAACUUUGAAAAAAGUUAUGUGCUGAAUGUAUCGGUUACUGAUGGUGUUCAUUCUGCCUAUGCUAGUGUGUAUGUUAAUAUUCAAGGAGCUAACAAUCAUUCACCUCAUUUUUCACAUAAUGUAUAUUUGGUUGCUUUGCCUGAAAAUGUUCCAGCUGAAAAACUGAUUACUACUAUAUCUGCAACUGAUGAAGAUAUUGGUAAUUAUGGUCAGUUUACAUACUCAAUAGAGAGCAAAGAACAUAGAAAAUUAUUUCGAAUUGACUCUGAAAGUGGUGAAGUAUUUACAAAAGCCCCUAUUGACAGAGAAGAACACAAAUUGUAUGAAGUGAUAGUUUCUGCUGUUGAUGCUGGUGGAAGAUGUGGUUAUGCUAUUGUGAGAGUCACAAUAACUGAUGAAAAUGAUAAUGUACCACAGUUUUCAGUUGGAGAAUAUACUGUGACUAUCCCAGUGAAUAUGACAAUUGGAACUACUAUAUUAAAAAUACAUGCUACUGACAAUGAUGACAGUUUUUCCUCUGCUAUUGAUUAUGCCUUAUACAAGUCAAACAAUAGUGUUAUUUCUGAGUUAUUUGGUAUAACACAUGACACUGGAGAAAUUUAUUUGCGAAAAGCUGCAACUGGACAUGAGAACUAUGGAUAUCAGUUUUUUAUUUUAGCAAAAGAUCGUGGUGUCCCGUCUCUUGAGACAGUAGUUCCUGUCAGUGCAAUAUUUAUUGAUCCUAAAGAAGAUUAUCCAAAGUUUGAGCGCUUUAAAUAUGAUUUUUUUAUUUCUGAAAGUACUCCUAUUGGUACAAUCAUCUCUUAUGUAAAUGCUUCAUGUUCAAGACCUGUUACUUAUUCCUUUACACCAGCUCCAAAAGGUUCAAAUGCUGAAACUUAUUUAUCAGAGUUUAGCAUUGAUAAACAUGGUAGCAUUAUGCUUUUAUCUGAAGUAGACAGAGAAGUUCAAUCAGUUUUUAACUUAAAUGUUCAGGCUUCUACUGUAGACUUACCAACUAGGAUAUCGUGUGUUGAUGUUACUAUUAUUGUUCUUGAUGAGAAUGACAAUGAUCCUCAGUUUGAAUCUGAUCAAUACAGUGUGUCAGUAGCUGAAAAUAUUGAACCAGGAGCCACUGUUCUCAAAGUAAAAGCAUAUGAUGCUGAUGGCAGUAACAAUGGGUUUGUAUCGUAUCAUUUUGGACCAGAAGCUGAUAAUAUAGCAAAUAUUUUUCAGCUGGAUCCUAUUUCUGGAUGGCUCUCUACAAUGAUAACUUUAGAUAAAGAAGAAACUCCUUAUUAUAAUUUUUCUAUCAUUGCAUUUGACCGUGGUAAACCUCGACGGAUGGCAAAAGCCUGGGUGAAUAUAAAGCUGCGUGACUACAAUGAUAAUGCUCCUGUUUUUCAGUCACAACAUUACAAUGGAGAAACUCAGGAAGAUGCUGCAAUUGGAACUGUAGUUGUUAGUCUCAUGAUUGAAGAUAAAGAUGAAGAGAAGAAUCUCGUAGAUUUUUACAUUAUAGAUGGAGAUUUGCAAGGACAGUUCCAAGUAGCUAAAAAUGGAAAGCUCUUGGUUAAUAAACCAUUGGAUAGAGAAGCAACAGCUAGUUAUGAAUUAACAGUUCUUGCUACUGAUGGAAAAUAUGUUUCAAAAACUUGGGUGACUAUCAUAGUGUCAGAUGUUAAUGACAAUCCUCCAAUAUGUCUAAAGACAAAAUAUACUGAGAUGGUGUCAGAAAAUAUUCCUCCACAGACGUAUAUUCUAACAGUAGAAGCAACUGAUGCUGACAGUUAUGACAAUUCUCGAUUAUAUUUUUACUUGACAGGAGAGGGUCAUCAGGAUUUUUCAAUUGAUCAUGUUACAGGCCAGUUGAAAACAGCUCAGCUAAUUGAUCGUGAAUCAAAGUCCAGGUAUUUGUUAGAAGCUCAUGUGCAAGAUGAAGGCCAAUCAGAAUGGGAAUGUACUAGCAUGGUAGAAGUUCUUCUGAGUGAUGUUAAUGAUAAUGCUCCUGAAUUUGCACGAGAAUUAUAUUCGGUGGACAUUCCAGAAGACUCAGAUGUUGGAACAUUAAUUACUAAAGUCCAUGCUGCUGACAGAGAUAUUGGUGUUAAUCGUAUGAUCAAUUAUUAUUUGGUUGAUUCUGCACAUGGCCAUUUCAGAAUUGAUGAAACUACAGGAAUAGUUAGCUUGAAUAAACCAGUUGAUCGUGAAGAAGUUGCUAUGUAUAAUUUAACUGUUCAAGCAAGUGAUCAUGGAAUUCCUAGACUUUCUUCGCUUUGCACUUUACUUGUGUUGCUUCAUGAUGUUAAUGACAAUCCUCCAGAGUUCACGUCUAAGUUUUACUUUGCUGUGGUUCCUGAAACUGCAGCUAUAGGUACCGAAGUUUUAAAAUUAACUGCAACAAGUAGAGAUAGUGGAGUUAAUGCUGAAAUUACUUAUAGUAUUAUUCAAUCACCUAGGUCAGAAGUAUUUUCUGUUCACCCGUUAAAAGGCAUAUUAACACUUUCUGCUCCAUUGGAUUAUGAAACUGUUCGUGGUUACUAUAUUUUGGUUCAAGCUAUUGAUGGAGGUACACCUCCUCUUAGCACAGAAGUUGGAGUGAAUAUUACAGUGACUGAUGCUAAUGAUAACGCUCCAGUUUUUACUCAGCAAACAUACAAUGCUGUGAUGAGAGAAGAUGCGUUAGUUGGAGAUAAAAUUAUCCAGGUAUUGGCAUCUGAUAUUGAUAGUCCACCAAAUGCGAGAGUAAAGUAUUCGAUUUGUGGUGGUGAUCGAUUUGGGCAAUUUAUAAUUGACAAAGAUAUGGGUUACAUAUCAUUAGCUUCAAAUUUAGACAGAGAGAAGGUCUCAAAUUAUGUUCUUGAAAUAUGUGCUGAAGACAGUGGGAAACCAACUUUAUCUAGUUCCAGUUUUGUAAAUAUUGAAGUUUCUGAUAUUAAUGAUAAUCCGCCCCUUUUCUCUGAAGAUAAUUACACUGCUAUAGUUCAGGAAGGGAAACCUCUUGGUUUUACAGUGCUGAAAUUUACUGUAACAGAUCAAGAUGCUCCACCAAACACUGGCCCUUUUAUAUUUGAUAUUCUGUCCGGAAAUGAGGAUAAUGCUUUUCGAGUAGUCCAACAAGAUGCUACUCUAAGAACUGCAAACAAAUUUGAUGUGAAAAAUCAAAGUGAAUUCACUCUUCAAAUUCGAGUAACAGAUGGUGGAACACCUCCUUUGUAUAGUGAUACAUGGGUAAAUAUUAUUGUGAUUGAAGAAAGUCGUUACCCUCCAGUCGUGACUCCAUUAGAUGUAUCUGUUAGCUCAUACUUAGAUGAAUUCCCUGGUGGUGUAAUGGGCAGAGUCCAUGCUACCGAUCAAGAUCCUUAUGAUAAGCUGAUAUUUGACAUUAUAUCUCCUCAUCAUAAUUUAUUCACUAUUGAUCGUGAAGAUGGUACUAUUGUGGCACUUCCAGGCUUAGAUGUUGGGUCAUAUGAAGUAAAUGUAAGCAUAAGUGAUGGGAAGUAUACCACUUACACAACUGUUUCUGUUGAAGUUAGUAUGAUUACUGCAGAGGCUGUUAUGAACAGUGUUGCUAUUAGAUUAGAUGAUGUAACUCCAGAGGAUUUCUUAUUGACUUACAAAAAAGGAUUCUUAAGAGGUUUGCGAAACAUUUUAAAUGUUAGAAUGAAAGAUGUUGAGCUAAUUAGCUUGCAGCCUACACUUCAAGAAAAAUACAGACGUCAACGCAGUACUCAACAAGAUCUGGAUAUUGUCUUUGCUGUGCAUGCAGGCCCUAAUGGUUUCCUUCAACCAGAUAAAGUUAGGAUUAAAGUAAAAGAAAAGACUGAUAUUCUGGAAGCAAGUGUUGGGUUGAAAGUAGUAAAGAUCAUGGAAGAUCGCUGUACUGUGGAUCGUUGUGUAAAUGGAGAUUGUGUAGAUCUUAUUGUAUUGGAUAAGGCUUUUGCAAUUAGCAUAACAACUGAUGCUAUGAGUUAUGUUUGCCCUCAACAUUCUCGUAAGCUGGAAUGCAUUUGUGAACCUGGUUUUGGAGGCCCUCAGUGUGAACUUGCUAUCAAUGAAUGUUCCCGUAGACCCUGCCCAUCCUAUCGUAUCUGUCAUCCUGAAAAAACACUCUUGGGGUAUAUAUGCAAAUGCCCAGUUGGAAAAACUGGUGCUAUAUGUGAUAUAGAUAAAGGAACUUUAUGCAAAGGAUCAAGUUGUUAUGAUGGUAAGUGA